GCCCAGGGGAGAAAAAAACCUCGGGAAGGAGGAGGACCCCCCAGCCUGUGCCAAGAAUGAUGGUGCUGGAAGGAGGAGGGAGUUUUGCACUUGGGAAGUAAUACCGGAGGAGAAGAAGGGGGCGCAAAAAACCAAAGGGGGGGGUCUGGCUAGGGCGGGGCCAGCGAGGCCCGGAAGCUUUUUGAUUGCUGGAGAUCGGUUGUCAGUCUGCUCGGAUCCCCCCCACCCCCCCCCAGCUCUCUUUCCAGGCCGGGAGCGGAGCGGUAGACGGGCUGGGUGGCUUGGCUGUUGCGCGCCGCGCUCCCCCCGCCGGGCUGUGGGCAGGGGCGUCCGGGAAGCGAGCGAGCGAGCCAGCCGAGAGAGACUCCCCUUUUCCCGGACGGUGCAGCCAACGAAGGGAGGAUCCGGAGAGAGGGGGCCCCCAGAAGGAUCGGGGGUGGGGGGAGAGCCAGCCGCCACCGCCGCCGCCAUCAUCAUCCGGAGGCCCCGUGGCUUUUCAAUGGAGGAGCAGCCCGGCCACCAGCCACCGCAGCAGCAGCAGCAGCAGCAGCCGCCUCACCACCACCACCAGCACCACCACCACCAUUACUACUACUACAACCACAACCACCACCAGCACCACCACCAGCACCUGGCCGAGGGCAGCUCGCCCGCCAAGGCCCCGCCGAAGGCGCCUUUGCAAGCCCCCAAGCAUGAGCCCAAGCACGGCGCCGGAGGAGGAGCAGGAGGCCAACAGCCCGACGCGCCCAGGAAGAAAGCAGGCUACGGUGAGCUGAACGGCAGCGUCGGAGAACGGGAGUCCCCCCCAAAGAGCUUGAACGGGGGCGAUGCUGCGGCUGGCCCCAUUUCCCGGGUCCCCAACGGCAGCCAGAUCCCCGGGGACCCCGCCCUGGCGCUCAAGCAGACCGUGAAGGGGGGCGGUGCCUAUGGGAAGCUGGGGCUGAAGCCCAAGAGCUUUGUCCCCAAGGGGGCCGCAGACAGGAAGCCGGAGAAAUGCUUUGAGGGCCGGUCCCCCGACAAGGCCGAGGCCCUUUGUAUCCCCAACGGCAUGGUCUCCUCGGGCUACAUCGCCAACGGCUACGUCGCCAGGGGGGCCGACAACGAUGGCAGCGGCUCGGAGAGCAGCUACACCACCCCCAAGAAGCGGAAGGGGCGCCGAAACAGUGCCAAGGGGUGCGAGGCACUCAACCUGGCGCAGGCCACGCCGCACGAACCCUCGGCCGGCACCGUGGCCUCCAAGCAGGAGCCCGAGGGCGGGGAGGCGAAGGCGGGGGGCCGCGUGGACGCCCCCAAGCCAGCUUGGAAGUGCGAGGCCGGGGGCUUGGGGGCCGGGCGCGGGAAGCCGGGCGACGUGCCGCCGCGGAAGAACUCGGACGGGAAGGCUGGCGCCGCGGGCAAGAAGUUUGAGGAGCGGCCGAAGGGCAAGCACGUGCCGGCAGCCUCCUCCAAGGAGGACUCCUGGACGCUCUUCAAGCCUCCCCCCGUCUUCCCGGUGGACAACAGCAGCGCCAAGAUCGUCCCCAAGAUCAGCUACGCCAGCAAAGUCAAGGAGAACCUCAACAAGACCUCUGCGCAGAGCGCCCCCUCCCCGACCCUCUCCUCGUCCUCGUCUUCGUCUUCGUCCUCCUCCCUGUGUUCGUCGUCCGCCACGGAAGCCCAGGCGCAGCCCCCCGGCCGCCUCUCGCAGGUCCCCAUGUCCGCCAUGAAAUCCGUCACCUCGGCCGGCUUCUCCAACGGGCCGGUGUUGGCGGGGGCCGACCGGGGGCCCCAGCCCCUCCUCGUGCCCGGCGGAGUCCCCUCGGCCUCUGAGGCGGGGCCCCUGGACGCGGCGGGCCUCGGGGUCGCCCCGGCAGAGCCCCCGCCACCCAAAUCCAGCCUGUUCAUCUACCCGUCGAAUAUGCAAGCCGUUCUCCUCAACGCCGCCGUGCAGGCCGAGACGCCGCCGCCACCCCCUCAGGCCAGCCAGAAGAGCCUGGGCGACAUUUUCCAGAACCAGUGGGGGUUGUCGUUCAUCAACGAGCCCAGCGCCGGCCCGGAGGCGGGCGCCAGGAAGCCGGCAGGCCCCCAGGCCGCGGAGGUGACAUUUCAGGGGGAGGGCCCGGUCGCCCUGGCGUCCCCAGGGGCCGAGGCGGCUCCCCCGGGGCCUGACCCGCCUGCCUUCCCCAAGGCCUACGAGCUGGACAAGCGGACUAGCCUGCAGCUCCCUGGCAGGAUCCUGAAACUGGGGGCCGCGGGCGAGGCGGCUGGCGGCAACGGCGGCUCCCUCUCAGAGCCCCUUCGGCCCGGUGGGCAGUGCCAGGCCGAAGCGGGCGGCACCUUUGUUUUCCUCUCCAAGGACUGCCACGUAGAGAGGCGCCUGGCCUCGCCCACGAACCAUUUGUUAGUUUCCGCCAAAGAACUGAGGUGCCAGGGUGGCCUAGGAAGGAAAGAGAGUUGGGGUGAUUUUGACCUGAGGGCGGCCGUUCUAUAUCACACUCAAGAAAUGGAAACAAUUUGUAAUUUGAGAAAGCAAGACCCCAAAAGGAUAAUCACUUACGACGAAGCCAUGGAUCACCCCGACCAAUGAUAGGAUCCGGGAGGUGCUGCUGACUCUCUCGCCGCCGCUGUUGCCUCUCUGCCGCGAGCCUCGCAGCUCCCCACACAUCCAGGAGGGCAGGUGGCGGUGGC